AUGUCCACCAUAUCCAAAGCGCCAGCAUUGGAGCCGGCCGCGGGCUUCUCACUCGAAUCGAAAGCGAGCCGGCCUGAUCGUGUGCCACUCCAAAAAGGUGAAUUUUCUGUGGCUUCACGAGCCGUUGCAUUAUCAACGUACUUUCUCUCUGGCGCACUAGCAAUCAAUCUAUCUCAAUUUCUCGGUGCACCGCUAUCUUUGGUCAACGAAGACUGGUACAACGCAUGGAUUGCAUUUACGAAGCAGUCUUUUGGGCUGCUCACGAUGACAUUGACGCAGACAUUUGCUCCGACCAAGGUUAUCGUAUCAGGGGAUGCUUCUGUACGAGGUCAAUUGCUAAAGUCCGCGGAGGGUAAUCUGACCCUAGAUUUCCCUGAAAGGUUGGUUCUGAUUGCCAACCACCAGAUAUAUACAGACUGGUUAUAUCUCUGGUGGAUUGCAUAUUGCAAUGGAAUGCACGGGCGACUCUACAUCAUCUUGAAAGAAUCCCUCAAGAAGAUUCCCGUUCUCGGCUGGGGCAUGCAACUCAGCCAAUUCAUCUUUCUCAAGCGAAAAUGGGAGGAAGAUAAGCCCAACAUGGCCAUAGCGCUGCAGAAGCUGAACAAAGUGGCGGAUCCAAUGUGGCUAUUGUUGUUCCCAGAAGGAACGAAUCUGGCACCCAGCACCCGUGCCAAAAGUGCUGCAUGGGCAAAGAAGAACAACAUAUCUGACAUGAAGCACGUCUUAUUGCCACGCAGUACAGGUCUACAAUUCUGCCUCGAUGAACUGAAAAACUCUGUGGAUUAUGUCUAUGAUUGCACGGUGGCCUAUGAAGGCGUGCCUAGAGGUCAAUAUGCGCAGGACAUUUUCACCUUGAAGGCUGGCUAUCUCGAGGGUCGACCACCGAAAAGUGUCAAUAUGUAUUGGCGACGUUUCACUGUCAAGGACAUUCCGUUGCACAGCGAGAAAUUAUUCAACCUGUGGCUAACAGCCCGCUGGCGUGAAAAGGAUCUUCUGAUGGAACAUUAUCUUCAAUUCGGGCAGUUCCCAGCAGAUAGGGGCGGCACGAGGUACAAGUCUGGAAAGGUCCUUCGUGGCUGCGGCCACAUGGAAGUUCCAAUCCAAGCAAGUCGGUGGUACGAAUUCUUGCAAAUCUUUGCGCCGAUGGGUAUCCUUGCCAUGGUUCUGGCUAUCUUCUACGGAGAUCUCCCGAAGAAGUUCUGGAAGAGCAUCAAUAAGCAAGCUGUACACUCUGGGACUGAAGACAUCAAGAGAGUCGGAUCGCAGGCGGCGAACGAAGCGAAAAAUUUAUCCACUUCGGCCCGCGGCCUGACCCUGGACUCAUUCUUCGAUCCCGCGCAACAAGAAGAGACAUUCAAAUCUGGUGCAAUGGCAGUCCAGAAACUUCUCACCUCACCCUCUGCACAGAAGCUACUCGGCAGCGCAGAUUUCAUCCAACAAUUCCUCUCUGAUCCGCAGAAAAUGGUCACUGAUAGUAUCACAACCAAGCAGAAAUCUUUCAUGCAAGACUUAGCAAUUGAGGAGGCAAGAAGGCAGCAGAAGACAGUGCCUGGGGCACCUGUCGGUUCCGUGAAGUCACUUAGAAACGGCACCGUCGCCAAACGACCGAAGGGCACAUUUUGGGAUACUCUAGAAGCGGAGGAGAGGAGCAGAGAUGGCACAGUCGUCCACAGAGGACAAAAGGCAAAGUUCUGGGAUGCAUUGGAUGCGGAGGAGAAGAGUCGACAAGGUCCAGCAAAGCCACAACGCAAAGGGACAUUCUGGCAGGACCUCCAAACGGCCGAGGAGAAAAAGGGUGGUGUAAGCAAAGGCAACUUCUGGGAGAACGUGAAAGCUGAGGAGAACAGUCGAUAUGGCACUGUUGUCACCCUGUCAAGCAAUGACUCGACAGCCGUUGGCAGCAUAAGCUCAGGCGUGACGAAAAGCUCCGCACCGAAACUAGGGCUGAGGAAGGCGGAUUCGAGCAUUGGGCCGACGAAGAACCACCCAAAGCCGAUAUCGACAACAACUUCUACCUCCAGCGGACCGACAAAGAAGCCCACAGUCCAACAACCCCAACAGAAACCACUCCAGAAUCCGCCCUCGUCAACAACAACAACAACAACAACAAUAACCUCAAACCCGAGACCAGAAACCACAGCCCGUCCAACAGCAGCAGCAGAAGCAGCAGCGAAACAACCGACCAAGCCACGGCCCACCAAGACGAACAUCAAAGCAGCCCCUUCGAAGCCUCCAGCAUCAAUUCCGUCCUCAAACAAGCCCAACAACCCAAAGCCAACGACCGCCACUUCCACCGCCAACACGAAAGCAAAAGCUCCGCAAGCGCCUGGCAGCACCAAAAAGCAAGCAACGAUAAAACCGAAUCCCAACCCACCCCUUCUUCCCAAGGCAACCAACAUCACCGCCGCGCCCGCAAAGAAGCCGCCCUUGAAGACCAGUGGUAAUAGCCCGACAACAGCCAAGCCACCCGUUGCCAAGAAACCCGCCUCGAUAUCAACAACGACGCCAGCAAAGAGAGUCCCGACGACCAUCAAGACAGGAGCACUGACGCCGGCAAAGCCAUCUACGACAGCAAGCGCUGGGGCGAAGAAAGCGGGUGUAGGUACAGGCCUGGCUAAGAAAGCUGGUGCGCCCAAGCUGAAGAGCUGA